AGGAACGCAAAUAGCCGAACAACCAAAGAAAGUUGGCAUCAUCUGGGCAUUUCCAUUUUCCACAGCAAGAUCAAAAUUUACCAGCUUCUGUCUUCUCAAUCUUACUCUAUUUUUCCGCACCAAAAAAAAAAAAAAAGAGAGAGAAAGAGAAAAUUAUAUUAUAAUUUAUUAUUUUAAAUUGUUUUUGCACUCUGUUUUCCAUCGCGCAAAAAAAAAUAAAAUAAAAUAAAAUCAAGGUAAAACAUUUCGUUUUGAAGUUUAAUUGCCUAUAGCGGAAGCUUUUCUCGCUGUAUUAAUAUUAUUAUUUUUUUUCCUGAAGACUCCAAGAAGCUGCUUAAAGAUUCAACUUCAAUUUUUUUUAAAAAAAAUUUUUUGUGGGGUUCUUGUUUUUUUGUUCUUUUAAUUUUUUUGAGAUAUUUUUUCCAAUGAAAUUUUGGAGUGGUUUGAGCUUGAAAGCAGAAGGGUUUUUGAUGAGUGUUGUCUAGAAAAUUUACUGGGUUUUUUGUAUGGAAGGAAGGGAAGGUGUGAGUAGUAGCGGGGUUACCGUGGUGGGAUCAGAUGCUCCGACGGACUACCGCGUAGCUCCAAGGACCGAAAUCGCUAGCCAGGUCACCGGAUCAGCGCCGGCGGCAACGACCCAAGUGAGUGCGUCGCCGUUGCCGGCGACGGGGACAGCACCUGCGAAGAAGAAGAGAGGGAGGCCUAGGAAGUACGGACCAGAUGGGACCGUGGCUAUGGCGCUGUCACCGAAGCCGAUUUCUUCUUCAGCGCCAGUCCCACCUGUAAUCGACUUUUCGGCCGAGAAGCGCGGAAAAGUGCGGCCUUCGGGUUCGGCCAGCAAACAACAACAGCCAAAGUUGGAUUUGGAGAAUUCAGGUGAUUGGGUUGCAUGUUCUGUUGGCGCUAAUUUCACUCCACAUAUCAUUACUGUUAACUCUGGCGAGGAUGUUACAAUGAAGGUCAUAUCCUUUUCUCAACAAGGCCCUCGAGCCAUAUGCAUUCUCUCUGCAAAUGGUGUGAUUUCAAAUGUCACCCUUCGUCAGCCUGAUUCUUCAGGGGGCACAUUGACAUAUGAGGGUCGUUUUGAGAUACUCUCGUUGUCUGGAUCAUUCAUGCCCAGCGAGAGUGGAGGGACAAGGAGCCGAUCUGGUGGGAUGAGUGUUUCUUUGGCAAGUCCAGAUGGACGUGUUGUGGGGGGUGGAGUUGCCGGUCUCCUAGUAGCUGCUAGUCCAGUGCAGGUUGUGGUGGGCAGUUUUCUAAUGGGUAACCAGCACGAGCAUAAGCCCAAGAAACAGAAAUCAGGGUCUUUGUCAACUGCCACAGCAACUGCUGCUGUUCCUAUAUCUAGUGUAGAGAUGGAGGAACCCUAUGGGGGGCAGAACCAGCACACUUCAGCUACCACAAGACCGAAUCUUUCGUCUUCCUCAUCCUUCCGUGGCGAUAACUGGUCGUCAUUCCCAGCAGACUCAAGGAAUAAACCAACCGACAUUAAUGUAACUUUGCCUGGAGGGUAAUUUUAAUUUAAGGGGACCUAAUUUGAUUAUGCAGCGUGGUUCACGGCUGACAAAUUUGGCACUCGAAACCUCCAGUCGACACUUCCCUGUUGUUUGUUGUCUGUUAAAACUUAUUGACCAAGUUUCAGUACCAACUUGUUAUCCCCAGCCUAGCUGGGGGUUUACCUCUUUCAUUCCCGUCAGGAAGUUAAAAUAUGAGUUAGCUUAUUAGGUAGGCUUCUGCAGCUUGCUUCUUUGUAGAAUAUUUUGAUGUAUCAUUUACCCCCUUUGAGUUGAGUGAUGGAUUGUGAUUUGAAAAUGGGUGUUUGACAGUCCAAAUUCUGCUAUUUACGAUAUAAUAAAGGGUUGCUUUUGCUAUUUAAUUUCA